ACAACAGCGGGACUCCCUGCAGGAAAAGGACUCAAACAGGUGCAUCUGAUAUCUCCAACAGCUAUGGACUGGGAAAGAUCACUGAAUCGAACCAAGGUGAACUUUUCUACUCCAGCCUCCUCUUCAUCUUCGCUCUUGCCUGACUCCUCGUCCUCCUCCUCUUCCUGCUGCAACUCUUCUCGCUCCAUCUUCUCAGCCUCCCAGUUCUCAGCCCCCUCUUUCUCUGGGCUCGACCUCCUGUUUAACCUGAAGCUCAUCUUCAUCCCUCUCUACUCUGCUGUGGUCCUGGUUGCGUGCUCUGGCAACCUCCUCCUGCUCUUCCUCAUCUGGCACAAUAAGAAAAGACACAACACGACCAAUUUUCUCAUCAGCAACCUGGCACUCGUCGACCUGGUGAUGUGCGUCUUCUGCGUCCCUUUGACCGCGUCCUAUGCAUUUGAUAAGCGCGGAUGGGUGUUUGGAUCCCACAUGUGCCACUUUGUCACCGUCAUGCAAUCCACAGCUGUUUACGCGGCCGUCCUCUCCCUCAUGGCCAUUGCGGUGGAUCGUUACGUAGUUGUGGCUUAUCCCAUCCGAAAGAGAGCCAGCUACCGCUUCUGCUGGGUUCUUGUAGUUCUGAUCUGGCUCUCCUCUCUGGCUUUAUCCAUGCCAACGGCACUGCACACGGUCUACCUGGACCUCCAGGCGGCAGGCCUGCAGAUGGCUGUGUGUGAGGAGUUCUGGGAUGGCCAGGAGCAGGGUCGCCUCAUUUACUCCUGUUUCAUUCUCUUCUUCUCCUACUUUGUCCCACUGGUUGCUGUCUCCAUUUCCUACUGUGCCAUUUCCUAUCAGCUGAAACACAGGAUGACUUCGAGCUUGACAGCAUGCACGGAGCUGAGAUCUGCACGGGCCACCUGGAGCAGACGGAGGAAGAAGACCUUCUGCCUACUGCUGGUGUCCGUUCUCUGCUUUGCCUUCUCCUGGCUUCCUUUACAGGUGGUGAACCUGAUCCGCGACCUGGACACAGACUUCUCCAUCCUGGGGAAGAACUAUAUCAACGUCAUCCAGGUGUCCAGUCACCUCUUUGCCAUGAGCUCCGCUUGCUACAACCCAUUCAUUUAUGCUUCGCUGCAUAACAAAUUCCUCUCUUACCUGUGUCUCCACUUCCUGCCCUGGAGAAAAGGAAAAGCGAAAGACAGGCGACAAGGGUCAAGCGUCCUGACGGUGUCUCACAGAAUGCCGCGCCUUUACACCUCCACCAUUGCGGCAGAUUUGCCGGGUGUUGUUGCAAAUAAUGCCGAUCCUCAAGAAAACUACACAUAA